AUGGAUAUAGAGGACGCUCCCGUUGAUUCUGUUCGACCUAGAACGAUUAGUAGUGUGCACCCACGUUUUAUUAAAAAGAAGAAUUGUGCUGAAGAACCUGAUGCUGUUGGAGAUAAUAUUCCCGGCACUCAGCGCAUUUUCGUGCAGGUAUGGGGCUGCGCUCAUAACAUCAGUGAUGCUGAGUACAUGGCUGGCCUUCUCUCCACCUAUGGUUACAAAGUAACACUUGGAGGAAGUUCUUCUGUUGCAAAAUCCGAUGAUGGCUGUGCCUGCUCAGACAAGACCUUUAAAGGCGCUAAUUGUUCCAACGGUGACCGCGAAUGCAGAGGACAAAACUGUCGAAGCCCAAAUCACGAUGAAGCGGAAAAAGAGGCAGCCGAUUUGUGGCUUCUAAAUAGCUGCACUGUAAAGGGCCCAGCGGAGGAUCACUUUAGGAACGCCGUAAUGGCGGCUAAAGCGAGAGCCAAGAAGGUUGUGGUGGCUGGCUGUGUCCCACAAGGCAGCCCAAAUGUCGCCUACCUCAAGGACGUUAGCGUAGUGGGUGUCCAGCAAAUCGAUCGAGUCGUAGAGGUCGUCGAACAAACUCUAAUGGGCAACACAGUUCGAUUUAUGGAGAAGCGCGUUGGCUCGGAUGAAAACGGCCUUGGUGGGUCCGGGAGAAAGCGGCGUCUAGGUGGCGCACCUUUGUCCCUGCCCAAAAUUCGUCGUAAUCCCUUGAUCGAAAUUCUUGUGGUUUCGACGGGUUGCCUCAAUGCUUGCACCUACUGUAAAACGAAACACGCUAGAGGUGUCCUUGCCAGCUACACUGUCGCCGAACUCGUACAACGGGCUAUUGAGGCAUUUAAUGACGGCGUUAGAGAGAUCUGGCUCACUUCCGAAGAUUUGGGUGCCUACGGUCGAGACCUGCCACGUUUUGAUUACCAUUUGCCGACCACACCAGCCACAGUUGCAGAAAAAUGGCCCAAUCAUCUAACCCUUGCUGAUCUUCUCUUUGCUCUCGUUCCUACUAUCCCGGCUGGCUGUAUGCUCCGACUUGGAAUGACUAAUCCUCCCUAUAUUCUUGACCAGUUGGAGGAGGUCGCGGCUGUGCUGAGGCACCCGCGCGUCUACGCCUUCGUCCACAUACCAGUCCAGUCAGGCUCAAAUAGCGUGCUUGAGUCAAUGAGGCGAGCAUACACAGUUGAGGAGUUUCAAAGAGUCGUCGAGUGUCUCACAUCAGGCGUUCAUUCGGUAGAUGGUGAUAAGUUAACCGUGGCUACCGAUCUGAUAUGCGGCUUUCCCACUGAAACGGAGGCGGACUUUCAGGACACUGUUAAACUUGUGGAACGCUACAAAUUCCCUGUUCUCUUCAUUAACCAGUUUUUCGCCCGUCCCGGAACACCUGCUGCCACAAUGAAACGAGUAGCGACAACCGCCGAGGUUAAGAAGCGGACGCGAAGGCUGCACGAUCUUUUCAGGUCCUACUGCCCCUUUGAUGGCCGCGUGGGUCGCGUCUAUCGUGUGCUCAUCACCGAGGCCAGCACCGACAGCAAGCAUUGGGUUGGACACACAAAGGCAUAUGAGCAGAUCCUUUUGCCCAAAGACCCAGACUUGCAAGGCCGGAUAGUUCUGGUGGAGGUGACAGAGUGUGACAAAUUUUUCAUGAGGGGCAAGGUCAUCGAUCGAGGACCUUUUGAGUCUCUCUCAGUGGGGGAGGACGAUGGCUUUCAGCUAUCGCUUCAGACCGUCGGUGGUCCUGCUAGGGUUCCUGAGGACAUCUGCCACAAGUCGACAAUCCCUAAGGUCAUCUUGUCGAAAACCAAGUCUGGUUUCGAUUCAUCAAGUGUUGUGAGUUUCUUAAACUACAUAUUGCAUGAUGAAUUUGAUGUCAAGUCGAAUGAAAUAGUGAACUUCUCGAUGUCGAAUUAUACACUUCUGCUGUCAAGAGACAGUAGGCACGUAUGGAAAUUUAGAGCCGAAAAUGGUAGUCGGAUAACCAUUAGGAAGCGUUUUGCUCAUCUUUACCCCGGGGACAAAAUCUCGGUGUUCGAUGUAACGGCUGGUAGAAAAUCCGUCAUUGCAAUCUACCAAGCAGGAAAUUCCUCGGAAAACAAGAUUACCUCUUUUAGUGAUACAGUCUCCAUGGAGUUUAGUCCUUCCUCUAAAGUAUCACCUCUAAGUCUGGGGAUGGAAAAAUACAAAAUGAUGGGUUGUGGCGAUUGUUCUAUUACGUCUCUGCGUUUUCUUUGCGUCUCGCUGAAUUCCACCAAUUUGUCUGAUCUGCGAGGUGAAUGCAUUUCCUUGGAUCGAAUCUGCGACAGUCAAGUCGACUGCGCCAAUGGAUCUGAUGAAUCCUCUGACCUAUGCAAUUCAACCUACGCUAAUGCAUCCUCCCAUCUGCGACAUUCUUCAAUUGCUCAACAAAUCGCUAAACAGGUAGCGCUUCGCAUUGUGGAUGACGCGAUCAUUGCAGCCUCUUCGCGCCUCGAUUCGCGUCUGCGAACUCUUCUCACGUACGUCCUCUCUGCUCUGCUCGGGCCUCUUCUUGUCAUAAUGACGGUCGGAUUUAUGUGCAAGGGUAACAAUGCGGCGCAAAUAGUAAAGACGUUUUGUGUGCUUGCACUUACAGAAGCUCGUUUCAAUUCGCCAAUUCAGAGGCUUAUUCGGGACGAGAUUCGUCGUCGCCCACCACCUCCAACCUAUGACGAGGCUCUGAACAAUAGUCUGUUUGAGGAACCAGUUUUGGAGGGAGUUCCCCCACCCGCACCACCAGAUCCUCGUCCUGGAGCUCUGUCGCAGGCCCGUAUUGCCACGGUCCGCGAACUUUCCAUGAAGCCCGCCCCAACAUUCGUAGAUGUUGCUGUUUCCUGCAACCUUCAGGUUCAACGCCGAUGUGAACCUACCCCUACCGAAGCAGCUCCACAAACUUUCAUCACUCCGGUUCCUGCUCACCCUCCAUCUCGCGGUCUUUUGGGGCGCUGGCUUUUGUCUGCACUACGGUGGAGGAGAGGCGGGGAGAGGGGCGACUAUGAACAGCCGGAGGUGUCAGAAGCCACAGUCGCUUCAUUUAUGCACGAAGACGGAGAAUUGGGCUCGAUCUUGUCCAGGAGAGAAUCUGUCAAUGGUAAUGACGAUAGGAGCCCUGAGACGGGAACGCGAGGUGUGUUUGAGUGGUGUAGCUCUACUAAAUCGCUAUAG